AAGUUUAUGAAUUUCUUGGACAGAUUAAUGAUUCUUCGUAACAUGUCAUAUAUACACAAAUUCUGUCUCACCUGUGACAAUGAAUACUUCGAUGAGAACCGGGUGAAGGAAUGGAUCACUGCUGUGGUAAAGUAUGAUGUUGAAGAGCUCAUUGUUUCCCUGUAUUUCACACUUGACAUAUUCAGCUGAACUUUUCACUUGUGGUUCACUGACUAAAUUGGUCAUAGAGCUUCCAGAAACUACUGAAGCCGAAUUGAAGCUUCCAGAAUCUGUUUCUUUGCCAAGAGUUAAGAUCCUUGAGCUUUCGGGUUUUAUAUUUCUGGAUGAGAUGUCGACUCAACGGCUCUUUUCAAAUUGCCCAGUACUUGAAGCAUUGAGUUUUUACUAUUGUGCCUGGGAUGGGAUAAACGCCAUAAGUAUUUCAGCUCCUAGACUGAAAUCAUUUAUCCUAGUUGGUGCUACAACAAGUAAAAUGGAGUUUGUCAAGCUUAAGAUUGAUGCACCGAAUCUAAAGUUCAUCAGAUACCACGAUUUGGCACCGGUGGAGUUUGUCACGGGGAGUUUUCCAUCCCUAGUUGGUGCAGGUAUAUGCUUAUGUUAUUCAAAUGACGACAGCUUGGAUCCGUUAUCUAAUUUUUUGGUGAAGCUUUCCAAUGUACAGCUCCUGAAAUUAUCAUGUGGCGCCUUUCAUGUUCUUGAGUUUGCAAAUGUUCUCUCCACAAGUUUCCCUACCCUGGAUAGUUUGCUCUAUUUGGAAAUGGUGGACUAUCAAGUUAGGACAAUACUCAAAUUUCUACAAUUCUCUCCGAAUUUGAUUACACUCGUCAUUGAUGAGGUUUUUUAUAUUGACAAUGAGGAUGCUUUAACAUUAGAUACAGUGCCUCAUUGCUUGUUGCUACACCUCAAGUCAAUUGAAAUUCAAAAGUUUGAAGGGCAACCAGAGGAGCUGAACUUUGUUAAAUAUAUUUUGGGGAAUGCCAGAGUUCUUGAAAAGUUGAUUCUUGAAAGUGAAACUACUUCAGAUUCUUUUGUAGAUUUGAAGAAGAAAACAGAAAUCAUGGAGCAGUUACUAAUAUUUCCGAGGGCUUCUGCAAAUUGUGAGUUCAAGUAUUCAAGUUCCUAAUUUUUUUUCUUCAGAUUUUUAAGUGGAGUUUCAGUACUGUUUUAAGGUUAAGGAUAGUUUUUCAUGUUAUUCCAAUUCAGAAGAACUAGAGUACUAUUCUUUUGGUUUUUAUUUAAUAAUAUUAAGAUGCAUAUUUCCGUUAACUGCGAAUUUUAAGCUCUAGAUUAUACUAAAUUAGAUUUCAAGUUCUCUUGAAGUUUUGAAGUUUAUAAGGCUCAGGUUUUCGAGUAAAUCCGAUAGAUUCAACAUGACUCAAGAAGUCAGGAUGUUUAAAAUUGAGUGUUUUCCCAUGAUUCCCGACUGCCUGGAAAGUCCAGCCACAAGGAUGGUUGUACAAAAAAUAAUGCAGAGAUAUCAGCCUUUUGUUGUCCCGAAGAUCCACGAUUUAUAUGGGCUACUGCAAGGUAAGCUGGAAAUGUAUCGGGGUAUGUGUGCAAUGACUCCUCAGCAAUGUUCAUAGUUCAUACUAUUCUCAAGGCCAAAUACACGAUCAGGGAUUUUUUUUCAACAGAGACGGUAGCAGAUUCCUUAAAUUUAUCAAAGUCCAAUUAAAUGUCUUAGCAAUUGGUCUCCUAUGGGGUUAGAGGCUAAAAGUCUAAUGAUAAGGACACCAAGUGCUUCAGAUAAGUGGGAUUGCCUAGGUGACCCACCUUCGUAAACUUGCCAUAUUUCUUGGACCUCGAUGUCCAACCAAUCUGUACACUCCGGCAUUAGGAAUUAUCUUGUGAGGGGUUUCAAAUUUUGCUGUGCGUACUCUCUAACUAAAAGAAAAUAUAGUAGCAGAUGCCAGAAGGUGCUAUUACAGAAUUAUUUGCCUGGUCCUGAUCAAGCAUAUUAGUAGAUGGUGCUACUAAUUUUAAAAUGAUUUUACCGAAGGAAAAACUUAGUAGUUUGAA